AUAAUCAGUUGAGCUCAUAACAGUUCACCGCAGGCUUCACCAUGGCUUCCGCCCAAUUCUUCAAUUAUCCAGGCACCGAGUCUAAUGCGGAGCAAUAUCACUACUCCCAAGCCGUAAAGAUCGGGAAUAUCGUUCGCACAUCCGGCCAGGGCGGCUGGGACGAGAAUGGCAACAUCACAACCGACCUCGAGAAGCAGAUCACCAUGGCUUUCGAGAAUGCGCUUAAAGCUCUCCAAGCUGUUCAUCCCCGUCUCGGCUUCAAAGAAAUCUACGCGAUUCGUUCCUAUCAUCUUGACAUGGACUCGAGUUUCGACGUCAUGACGGCGACUUUCAAGAAACUGUUCCCGAAUCAUCGACCUAUCUGGACAUGUACGCAGAUUGGCAAGCUUGGACUAGAAGGAAUGCAUGUUGAGAUCGAGGUCGAGGCGUUGAUUCCUGUCUAAGAGACAUGGAUACGGGAUGCGUAGGAAACUUUCACAAUCUUGUGGCCUAGGCACGAUCCAUACUGGCGCGGUUUUCUCUUUUUUUCUUCUAGUACUCCAUGUUGUGGAUACCGGUAUUUGCAUCAUCAUCAAUCACCGAGAGCAGCAUUGUAUAACUUUCAACGGCCUCUGACUAUGAAGAAACCGAUGUGAUUGUGUAAUAUCACUCAACUUUAUUACAAAUCGUUAUUUGGCAGCAGCCAGCCCAAAGUUUAUGUUACCAGCUUCAAGGGACCAUUGCCAGACCGUAGAAUACUGGCAGUCUCAAAUAAAGUUCAACACUUCAG